AAAGUGUGAGUGUGGUCCAAUCCUGCUGUUAGCUUAACUUUAAUUGUGCGGUAAAUAAACAAGUAUCUGUGGAUGCGGUCGUGAAUAACAGAAUUGUCAGUUACUGCACCCAUUGUAUUGAGGAUCUGGGAGAUAUGCCAGGACGCAGAACGUUGAAAAUAGGUGGUAGAGGAAGCAACUAUAAUAAAGCGUUUGAUUGUGCGUCCUUUCCUGGUUAAAUGGACGAAUUUUAAUAGUUUGGCAAUUCCGCGCACCUCUUUGUUGAGGAUGACAGUUAAAAUUUCCUCUAUCCGUAGUAAACUACAGAAUCUCAAAUAUGGCCAAAGGAUUCGUCUACAGUAUUAAAUUAAUAAACGGGUACGGUUAUUUUACUAUUUGUCUUGCAACAAAGGCAAUUUGGCUAAAAUGGAUGCGUCAUCUGUCAAACCUACCAGCUGUGUCCAAGGUCAAGACCGAAAACAUUUUGUUUUUAUUUUCCAUUUUUAUUCUAAAAUGGCAGAUGUAAAGUCCCUGGAACACCCUACUUUGAAGGUGCCAUAUGAAAUUUUAAACAAAAAAUUUCGAACUGCACAAAAGGCUUUGGAUAGAGAGGUAUCUCAUGUGCAGCAAGGUGUUUCUGAAGUUGAAAAAUGUUUGUCAUCUGGAGAAGUUAGAGCUCAUGACAUCACAAAUCUGUUAGGAGGCAUGGUUGAGAAACUUCAGGUUUUAAAGCGAAAAGCUGAGGAAAGCAUUUCAGAGGAACUUGCUGCUUCAAAUGUUUGCAAACGUAGAUUAGAACACCUUAAAGAACAUGCCAACAUAUCCCCAAGUAGUGGCAACCAAGGCACCUUGAAUCAGUGGAGACGUAAAAGAUUGGAUAGGAUGGUUGUUGAGUACUUUUUAAGGAAUGGAUUUUAUACUUCAGCUAUCAUGCUGGCUGAGAAGUCAGAAAUCAAAGAUUUGACCAAUAUAGAAAUAUUUUUGACUUCACGAGAAGUUGAGAAAUCUUUAGCUGGCAGGGAGACAACAAAAUGCCUUUUAUGGUGCCAUGAUAAUAAAUCAAAGCUGAGAAAGCUCAAGUCCAAUAUGGAAUUUAAUCUUCGUGUGCAGGAGUUUAUAGAGCUUAUUCGAAGAGAUCGAAGAAUGGAUGCUAUUAAACAUUCCAGAAAACAUUUUCCAGCUUUUGAAGAAGAACAUUUAGCAACUAUACAACAGGCUAUGGCUCUGUUAGCAUUUCCUGUGGAUACAAUGAUAGGACCCUAUGCGGCUUUAUUGGAUGAAGGUCGUUGGGAUACAUUAAUUGAGGAGUUCAGACAAGAGAAUUACAGAUUGUUCCAACUUGCAUCACAGUCUGUGUUUACUGUUUCUCUGCAGGCUGGUCUUUCAGCACUGAAGACCCCUUAUUGUUAUUCGGAGAAUAAUGAGAACAGAAAUCCUGCUUGUCCUGUUUGCCAAGAUGACUUGAAUAAGCUGGCGGAACCCUUACCUUAUGCUCAUUGCUCACAUUCUCGACUAUACUGCCAUAUCACAGGACUUCCGUUGAAUGAAAACAAUCAACCCAUGAUGCUUCCAAAUGGUUAUAUAUAUGGAGAACAGGCAUUAGAAGUAAUGGCUAAGGCUAACAAUGGGCAAGUGAUUUGUCCCAAAACAAAGGAGGUGUUUCCCUUCAAGAAGGUGGAGAAGGUAUACGUUAUGUAAUGUGAUAUUUCCGCAUAAUCAUUGUUUGAUAGAUUUUACCUUUUUUUCAAAGUUGUACAUAAACGCAGUUAUUGAAGUUGUAAAAUAUUUUUGCUGUUUCAUUUUUGCCAGUUAUGAUAUGUAGGUAUAAGUUUUGCUGUUUAGAACUUGAAUAUUGUAUUGCAGGUUUCAAAUUGCCAAUAAAGUUUAGUUAGAUAUA